AAAAGUUACAAAAGUGUUUUCAAUUAAAAAGGAAAUUGUAAAUCUCUUAAAAUAUUAAGAGAAAUAAAAUUACUAAAUUAUAAGACAAAAGUAAAUUAAAAUAUUUAAAAAAUUAUAAAAAUGGCUGGUGGUAUAUCCACUGGUACGAAAGUGGUACAAAUUACCAAUGUAGCUCCCCAAGCUACAAAAGAUCAAAUGCAAAGUUUAUUUGGAAAUAUUGGAAAAAUUGAUGAGAUAAGAUUAUAUCCAACUGUACGAGACGUAUCAUGCCCAGUACAAUCACGUAUUUGUUAUGUAAAAUAUUUUGAGAGUAGUUGUGUUGCAGUUGCCCAGCACUUAACCAAUACUGUAUUUAUUGAUCGCGCACUUAUUGUAAUACCAGUACAAUCAAUUCCAGAAGAAUAUCGUGCUUUGGAAAUGUCAAAAAAUGGCACUAUUGUACCUGGUUUACAAAAAGCUGAAACUAAAUUACCGCCAGAAGUGGUUAAUCGUCUAGAAGGACAAAUACCACAACAGGUAAACGAUUUUGUUAUAAAAGUGCGUUAUAAUAGCCAUAAAAUGUUUAAGGUUGUAAUGACUUACGAUCCUAAGUUAAAAUGGCAUAAUUUGCCACCAUAUCCAGCUUUACCAGCAUAUCUAGAUAGUCGUAAAAUUGAAGAAAUUCGAAGAACAAUUUUGGUAGUUGAUGUUCGUGAUGAAUGGCUUCUAGAUGAUUUAAUGGAAUAUUUUUCUCGUGCAGGUGAAGUAAAAUAUGCCAGAUGGGCUGAAAAGGAUGGAAAAACUCAUUGCAUGAUAGAAUUCUGUCAACAAAGAAGUGUAAUUGAAGCAUUAAAAUUACAAGGAAGUGAAUUCCGAAAUGGAUAUUUAAACAUAUAUCAUUCAACAGAAGCCAUUGCAAAGCCAGAAGCUAAAAGUAAUGAAGCCGCUCAAAAAGAAAUUGAAGAAGCGAUGACUUUGGUGAAAGAAGCACAAAGCAUCAUAUCAGCAGCUAUAGAUCCUGUGAUUGGAAUGUUGGCCAAAGAGAAAAGAAGACACGGAUCCCGUUCUAGAAGGAAAAGUCGUUCACGAUCCAGAGGAUCUAGAAGGAAGAGUAGAUCACGGUCAAGAACGUCAAGAAGGAAAAGCCGUUCAAGAUCGCGCGGAUCACGACGCCGUAGUCGUUCAAGAUCUAAAGUUUCACGACGAAAGAGUAGAUCUAGGUCAAGAGGAUCUCGACGUAAGAGCCGUUCAAGGUCUAGAGAUCGUCGGCGAAGUUCUCGAUCACGUCGUCGGAGUCAUUCACGUUCAAGACGUUCAAGAUCUCGUGAUCGUAAAAAAUCGCACCGCAGUAAGGAUGAGCGAAAAAGAUCACGUUCCCGGAGUAAACGCCAUUCAUCUUCUCGUGGACGCAGCAGUCAUUCGAAAGAUAAAAAAUCAAGCUCUUCUAAAAGGCGAUCUCGUACACCAAAAAGCAGAAAAACUGCUGAAGAAUCCAUAAUACGCGACUAUGACGCUGAAGAAAAAAUUGGAUAUAACGAUGAUAAGAAACGCUCGCCAAGUGUAGAAAAAUCUGAUAAUAUGGACAUUUCUAAUUCACCCUAAAUUAUUUAUUGCAUUCUCUUCAUAUAUAUAUACACGUAUAGAAUAUUUUCCCUACUUUUCAUCUUAAUAGUUAAGUAGAGGAACAACAAUGUAGAAAAUAUGUUUACUGUGCAAUUCAAGUCAUUAAACUUCUAAGUUAAAAUGUGUUUAAUUUGGAUUUUUCCAAUAAAGUCAAA